UUUGCAUCGGUUCCAAUUCGAACCAAAAUUCAAAUUUCUAUAAGUGUUCGAACAAUUCGUUUCAAUAUAAAUAUAUAAAAGAUACAUAGAAAAUGUUAGUUCUCAGAUACAUAACGUGAUUGUGUCAUUGUAUGCAAAGAAUCUGAGUGUUUAUUGAAGUGAAAAAGAACAUUCAAAAAACAUUAAACUGAACGGAAAUUUGAAACGAAUGUUCUUCUUAUUUUUUUAUUCUAAAGAUCAGAAACGAUCGAUCAAGAAAAGAUCAAUCAUAAGAUCAAACACGAGAGUCGUGCACUUCGUUUAUGUCUAGCCACUUUAUUGUGUGUUGCAACAGAUGGAUCUACGAGAUGAGUACUUUUAAGAACUUUCCACAGGACCAUUCACAUACUUCUAAGAGGCACUUUCUAGUUCUAAAACAAGAGUCAAAGACUCUCGACUUAUGACCUUGAUAACUUAAAGGAACAGGAAAGAAAUGAGGCCUUUUACCUUCUAAAGAACUAGAACGGUAAUUAUAAUUGGAAGGAUCAAGAAUUUCAUGCUCUCUCGUCAAGAUAGUUAAACAUGAAGCUAAACGUUGUGGAUCGCUUCCUGACUUUAAAAUAUAAAAAAUUAGGAUCUUUGAUAGGAAGCCAUCCUAGCUACUUCGUCAUUGUACCAAUUUUCUUAUCAUGCCUCCUAGCAACUGGUGUUCAGAGGAUAAAUUAUAUAUCAGAUAUAGAAUAUCUCUUCAGUCCAUAUCAUAGUAAGGCUACAGAAGUGAAGGCAUUUAUAGAAAAGAAUUUUAUCACUAAUAUGUCAUAUAAUUUCGAUCCUGGUAGAUAUACCAGAAGGGGAAGGUUUGGCACAUUGCUGUUGGUAACUAAAAAUGGUAAGAAUAUAUUACAAAAGGACAUUUUCGAGCGUGUUAUUGAGAUUGAUCAGAUGAUACAGAGCUUAAUAAUCCAUAAAGAUGACAAGACCUGGACUUAUAAGGAGCUCUGUUGUAAAGAUAAAGAUGGAUGCUAUAGCAAUUCUUUCAUCGAAUCAUUAAAACACAAUAACAGCCAUUUUAAAUAUCCAUUAGAUAUUAAUAAGAAGAACCUGAAAGUGUAUUUCUACGGUGGAACACUAGGUGGCGUUAACACUCAUGAAGAUGGUUACGUCAUUUCUGCAAGAGCUAUACGACUCCUAUAUUUUUUGGAUGAUGAUAAUAAUUAUAAAAAUGAUCUGGCCUUACUCUGGGAGAGGAAAUUUAUAAGUUCCUUACAAAAUAUUCAGAUCGAAGAUUUGACAUCUGAGAGAUAUGUUUCCAGUUCUGUAGAGACAGAAUUUCAUAAUAGCACUAUGGCACUGAUGCCAUUGUUGGUGCUAAUAUCUUUCAUGAUGAUUUUAUUCUCUGCAUUGACCAGUAUUACUUCAGAUUGGAUAAGUAACAAACCGUGGUCUGGUGUAAUUGGGUGCAUGUCAUCAGGAUUAUCUGUGGCAUCUUCGUUUGGUUUGCUGAUGUACAUUGGAAUACCUUAUAUCGAUAUGAACUUAGCUGCCCCAUUUUUGACAUUAGGUAUUGGAAUGGAUGACACUUUCGUCAUGUUAGCAGCUUGGAGAAGAACAGAUACUAAGAAAAGCGUUGAAGAAAGGUUAGGAGAUGCUUACUCAGAAUCGUCAGUUUCCAUCACAAUAACGUCUUUGACUAAUUUCAUAACGUUCUGUUUUGGAAUGACUACGCCAUUUCGUUCCAUUCGCAUAUUCAGCGUUUACAUUGUAUCUUGCAUAUUGUUUGCCUACAUCUAUCAGCUAACAUUUGUAGGCGGCUGUAUGGCCAUCUGUGGUUAUACCGAACAGAAAGGAUUGCAUUCCAUCACUUGUAUGCCUGUUGAUCCAAUAAAAGAUAAGAAAAACAGAGGACUCCUAUAUCGACUGUUUUGUUUGCAAGUGAAAAAUUCAGAAGAGAAUAAGGAAACGAUACUUGUUACAUUUUGGUCGAAAAUGAGCGACGUCUUAAAUUACUCUUACGUAAAAGUGCUUAUUGCAGCCAUCUUUGCAAUCUACUUAGCUGGUGCUGCUUGGGGAUGUACCAACUUACAAGAGAAAGUAGACCUGAGAGAUUUUGUUUCUUAUGAUUCUUAUGUGAUGAGAUACUUCAAUACGUAUAUUCAAUAUUUUCAACGUUAUCAAACUAGAAUACAAAUUGUUUUAAAUGCAACUGUGGAUUAUUCCGAUCCUUCAGUUCAGAAUAAUAUUGAAGAAAUCUUACAGAGUUUUGAAUCUAGUGAUCAUUUAUCUGAUUCUACUUUAACAGAAUCUUGGCUAAGACACUAUUUACAGUUUAUGAAAGAUAAAAGAGGAAAAAUACUCUUGGAAAGUUAUAAUACAAGCUCCAAACAGGGAUUUCUAGAUGGUUUGCGCGAAGUAUUUCUUAGACUUCCACUUGCUUCUAGAUAUAAUUAUGAUGUUAAAUUUAAUGAAAACAAUACUGAUAUUAUUACUAGUAGAUUUUUAUGUCAGACAAACAAGACAACAGAUACUAAUUCCGAGAUUAAUAUGGCUUUGGAACUAAGAAAAUUGGCCGAGAAGACCACGCUUCCAAUAUUAGUUUACAAUACCUUUUUUCUCUUCGUCGAUCAUAAUUUAAUGGUGCUACCAUUAACGUUGCAAACCAUAUCCAUAGUUUCUGGCGUCAUAGCUAUUGUAACAUUCUUGUUCCUGCCGAGUAUUAAAUCCGUUAUAUGUGUCACUUUUACCAUAAUUUCUAUUUUAGUAGGUGUUAUUGGCUACAUGACUCUAUGGCACGUUAAAUUAGAUCCAAUUGCUAUGAUCAAUCUUAUUAUGUGUGUUGGAUUUUCUGUGGAUUAUUCUACUCAUGUUGUAUACGCAUUUAUAACUUGCAAAGAUAGAACUCCUGGUGCCAGUUUGAAGAAAGCUCUAUGUGAUGUCGGUUUGUCGAUAUUUCAAGGCAGUGUAUCAACUAUAAUUGGUGUUAUCGUGUUCAUAGAUCCUCCGUCAUAUUUGUAUGGUGUCUUUUUCAAGAUAAUGCUCCUCGUCAUUCUGUUUUCGGCUCUUCAUGGGUUAAUUAUUUUACCUCUGCUGCUUUCGUUAACCGAAGGAAUAUGUUUGAGAUCGUGGAAGUUACCAUCUUCCAAAGAUAUUAUACCAAGCAGUAAUGUUUCUAGCAUUCAUAAAAUGCCAGAAGAUCAAUUACCUACAGAAAAUGGCAUUGAGACUAACCAUAAUAGCAUUACAUUAAAGAAAACAAUAAGUAAUAAAGAAUAUAUCAAUGAAGGUUUUACACCCGAUUUACAAGUUAAAACGAUAAAGUAUGAAAGUUGAGAAUUAAUAUCUGAAAAUAUUAGAUUUUAAUAAUUUUUUAAUGUAAAUAAGUGUUUUUUUCGUUGUUACCGUUCUAUCGAAAAUUUUAAUAAUUUUUUGAUAGACACCAUUCUCAUGUAUAUAUAAUCAUCUUUUAACAAAAAUACUUAA